CAUCCAGGAGGUGUUAGCUUGUCGGACAAAGAUGCAUUUCAGCUCUUGGCUGCUUUGGCUGUCCUGGUUUUACACCUGUGCUGAGUACUCGCAGCAGUGCAAGUUUCAGGACAUCUGUCCAAAGGAAACUGGAUGGACUGGGAGGUCAAAGACCCGGGUCAAAGAGCAUAUUCGUCACAGUGUGGGACACCAGCACACUCCUCACGGAAACAAGGCACAUCGCAAAAAAGGUUCCAGAGUCCAGACAGAGGAGAUGCCUCCCCGUAUAGUCCACCACCCAUCUGAUGUGGUGGUGAGAGUUGGGAAUCCUGCCACACUCUCCUGCCGAGUGGACGGCGUCCCAAAACCAAGCAUUGACUGGCUGCGUAACGGUCAUCCCCUGGAGACGGGGAAAGGAGACGGGCAGAUGCAACCCAUGGUUCUGUCAGAGGGGAGCCUCUUCUUUCUCAACGUGGGGGGAGGCAGGCGGGGCCAGUCACAUGAAGGCGUCUACGCGUGUGUUGCCAGGAACAGUGUCGGCAAGGCCGUCAGUCGCAAUGCAUCACUGUUUAUCGCAGUUUUACAGGAAGAGUUCGUUGUGCAGCCCAGUGACGUGGUGGUAGCAGAGGGCGACAUUGCCGUCUUAAACUGUGCUCCUCCGAUGGGACACCCAGAACCUAAUGUCAUCUGGAAGAAAGAUGGUCUGCCCAUCAACAGCUCUGACCAUCACUACACUGAGCUGAGAGGGAAGCUUAUCGUCGCUCCUGCAGAGAAGAACCACUCAGGUGCUUAUGUCUGCGUGGCCAAAAACAUCGUGGGAGUGAGAGAGAGCAGGGCGGCUCGACUCUCUGUGCUGGCCAAGCCCAUGUUAGUGCUGAAACCAGAAAAUGUCUCAGUCAGAACGGGAGAGUCGGCCCACUUCUACUGCCAAGCUAAAGGUGACCCUCCACCUGCUGUGGUCUGGAGCAGAGAGCAGGGGUCGCUGCCCAACGGCAGGUAUCUUAUAAACCCGGACCAGACCCUUCAGAUCCAUUAUGUGACAGCAGAGGAUGCUGGGAGGUACACCUGCACUGCGGAGAAUGACGUUGGUGUGGUCACUGCUAGCGCACAGCUUCUAGUUGAAGAGGCUGCCAGCUCUGAACAGAAAGACCUCCAUAAAGAGCUGUCAGCCUUACGAGUGGCUCUGGAGAACGUCACCAUCAUGGCCAGCGGGUCGAACAUUUCUCUGGUACAAUGGAAGCUUCAGUCCCUCCCAUCUCAGCCGCAUUACCUCGACGGCUUUGAGGUUCUCUAUCGCUCUCUGCUGCCUGCCAGCUCGGACUGGGCAGCAAAGAAGGUGACUCUGCCCAGUUUCCAGGCUCAGAUAGGCCCCCUAAAGAGAGGCUACAAGUAUGAGUUCAAGGUUCGUCCCUAUGGCGCCAACUUGUAUGGAAGAGAGAGCAACACACGACACCUCAGAGUCCCCGAGACAGUACCUAGUGCCUCUCCCCUGGCUGUGACCAUAAGGGUGAACCAUGAGCAGAAUAACACCAUCCAUCUGAGCUGGGAGCCUCCUCCUCAUGAAACCCACAACGGCAUCAUCCAGGGGUACCAGGUGUGGUGCGUGGACUCUGAGCAGCAGCAGUACCAGAACUGGACAGUAAACAGUGGUCAACACAACCUGGACAUCUCUACUUUGAAACCAGGGAAACAGUACUGGAUCACCAUGGCAGCAGUGAAUGGAGCUGGAGUGGGCAUGCUCAGUGACCCUCAUGGAUUUGUCAUCAACCCACAGCCAGGCAGUCGUCUUGAUUCAGAAACCCAAAGACGGGAUCCGCCUGGUGUCCUGGACCUGCUUCAGGACCCCGUGUUGAUCGGCAGCAUUGGCGCCCUCUUGUGGUGUGUUCUUGUGAUUGCAGCCAUCUAUCUCUUCAGACGCCACAGCAGGGCGGGACACCUGUUACCCAGACAUGGCAAGGCUAAAGGGCUGCGCAGACUAGCCAAUGAAGAUCUCAUCAUAAAACACAGGAUGGCAGCUCCAGAUUCUCCGUGGAUGUCCGGAAGCUGGAGACCUGCCUUUAACCAGAAGUAUCAGGACUUAUGGGCACAUGGUCAGAAACAUCCAGGGAUCAGGAGCACCAGCCUCCCAGCUUCAUCCAAAAAGGACAGCAGUUCUCUGGAUUCUGCCGUCCCCAUUGUGACCGACAGCUGUGGCGUAUACGGGACGUUCUACGUGGACCUUUCAGGAAACGGCCUGAAGACUUUCAACAGUCCCAGUCAUUGCCCUAAAAUGCCUCACAGUUUGCCUCAUCAGCAAGGAGCCGAGACCAUCCAGAUCUUCACUCAGCCGAGCUCCAAGUCCUCGUCCCUCAGCAGCCAGGAGGCUCUGCCGUGGAAACAGGCCAUCCGUCCUCAGCCAAAGAUGGGCUUGCUGAGGGAAUCACGGGACAAGAACUACAGCAAGCCAGAGCUACAUGCAGUCAGCAGCGUUCCCAUACUAUCCAGGAACCAGGCUCAUUCCUCCAGUGUCUAUAAGCAGAGACUCAGCCACAUACCAGCAGGACACAACGGUGGACAUCCAGACUGUGGUAAAGCUGCUGGUUGUCCUCGUCUGCUUCAUUACUCUGCAUCCCUGCAGUUGGUGGACAUGCUGCCUCCUCCACCUCCCAAACCCACAGAGGACACCGCAGACAGACACAGCCUGUCUUCAGAUGAAGGUUCCAGUCGGUCAACAAAGCUAACAGAGGACACAGGCUCCCUCCAGUCGGUGUGUCCUGCAGCAGCCCACCAGGGACAGCCAGGACCCACCACCAGCAGCUGUCCCUCCUACAGCCAUCUGUCCACUGCAUCAUACUCCAUGUCUCUGGAUAACAACCAGACUGAUUUGCUGACAGCUCAGGAAGCCACUGAGUACCUGGAGCUCAGUCCCAAACCAGAGAGAUGCAGCAUCCUACCAGAGCAGCGCCCCUCUUUGUUCCACCACUUUACUCCCACUAUGAGCAACAUCUUUGGUCCGGUCAGCUCCACCCAACUGGACUGCGACACCACCGCCGCCGAGCCUGAGCUGCUACCAGUCAGCCUACGUCACGCCCGCCUUCAGAGCUCACCGUCCUCCUGCUACAGCGACUGGGACAGCUCACUGUGGAACACCUGGAGCUCCGUGAUGGACGGGAACCUGGACAGCGCCCGCACCAGUCUCAUCAGCUCCGUGGACAGCUGCUACACCACCGACAGCACCACCUUCGCCCGUCUGCUGGCUGUGGCAGCGGAGACGAUGAGCGGAGCCUCUCUAACAGACUUCUCACCGCCGGCCUCCCCUCUCAGCGCCUUGUAUCCGUCAUUCCGCGCAGACGACGACUCGACCGGGGAGUUGGAGCCCGUUCCUGCGUGGGACUGGAGCAUGGCCUGGAUGGAGGACAUGGAGACCCAGUACAAACACCGCUAUCCAGGCAGAAACAGCAAAGCCUUCGACACAGACGCUCCGUUAGGACAGUGACAAAAACAACACAACUGAACUUUAAGAUCAGAUGCUGUAACACUUUACUGCUUCACUUUCUUAAAAAAAAAAGUGUAGGGUGUAACUUAUUCAGGAGUUGAAAAUUUCCCAGUCCUGGUUUUGAAAUGUAAUUAAAGCCAAUGUUGUGACGUUUGGGACACCUUUGCAAAAAGAUGCAUGUCUGAUGCUGUUUGUCAUUUUUACCUCAGGGCAGUCCAGCUACUGUUUGCAUCUUAUUUUUAUUUAUUUAUUCUUUUCUUCUUCAGCGUAUCCUUUCAGUAGAGAAGACAAUAAUGAGAAACUUUCCCUGGGAUGUUCUCACCCAAGGUGUUUUGAAAAGGCCAGAAAGACACACAAGAAAGCAGUCAUUAGGCAGAUGAAAGCUAUUUCUGGAGCCCCACCAUCCCACUGCGUCUGUUGUUUUCAUUCAUUUGUUGCUGGAUUUCAUAAAGAUUGAGGUCCAACCAAACACAGCCGUUUGUUUUUGUAUGGAUCGGAUCCAAUAUAUGCAGCAUAUUCAACAAAUCUUAUUUAAUUCCUUUUUAAACACUUUUCUGUCCUGAUUCCUUUUCUGUUUACAAGCUGGCAGUUCGUUUCUACUUUUUAAUGUUCCAGUUUGCUUUGUGUAGUUUUGCAUUCUUAUUAGAGGAAUAUAUAUAUUAUUAAAGCUUUUACCUUUAACUGCUAUUUUAAGUAUAUUAAGUAUUUUAAAUUUAUAUUGGGCAUUAAAUAGUCUUUGCUUGCAGAUAUUUUCCACUAAUUGUAGCAGAAUUUUAACAUUUUGUAAGAAUUUUUGAAGUAUUUUGUACACUUAUUACAGAGUUUUAUAGUUUGAGAUAAAAUAUAUAAAUAUAUUGUAUUCAAUGAAAUCUGUUUUUUAAGGACUUAUGAUAAAAAAUAAAUUCUGAUUGAAGAAAAAAUGUAUUUCUUGUUGGGGGUCUUUGUCUUUCAGCAGGAUAAGU